GAUUACUUUUGUUAAUAUAAUACGGUAAAAAAUAUAUUGCACACAGAAAAGUCAACAUUUAUAUUAAAAACUGUAAUGACUGUUUUUUUUUUGGAAAUGUAAUCUUACAUAUUACGUACAGUGGCGGUCUCACGUGCCUAUCCACUUCAAAAUCUCGUUCGCUUGGCACACACUUGAUGCAAUUUUAGGGGGCGGAGUUACGGGCGCAUCUUCAUUGGUCGUAGUAUUUUACUAUGACCAAUCAGCAUGGCUCUACGUAUGCAACAAAUACAAUGAAAGCAAUAACAGUGUUGUUAUUUUUUUAGUUUAGUCGCUUUUUGCAUAUUGCUAAUUGUUGACGUGCUCACUCUAGAUUUUCUUUUAACCUCCGCAUUCUCAUUGGACUGAUACCUGUUAAUACCUGACCACCAUGCUAAAAACUUUUGAUUUGCUUAACGUGACCUUGGCUUGAAUUUGGACCAUAUCUUCGAGGAACCUCUCCAUACAAGAGAGGAGUCGUAUCGUCGCAUUACGUGAAGAUGGAAUGAAUAUUAGCAAAAUAUCCAGAGAGCUGGGAUUGACGCGACUUACUGUGCGCCUCUGGGUCAAUCGUUUUGAAGAAGAAGGACACGUGGACGCUCGAUCAAGACAACCCGAACAUUCCUAUUUAAUAUCGGCGAAGCAGUCUCAGCGAAUGGUUAAUCUUUACGCGACUGCGCCUUUUACUCUAAUGCGAACAUUCGCUGAAGAGUUUGACUGCUCCGUCCGUACUAUACAGAGAACCCUCCAUAGAGCAGGAGUUCAUCACAGAAGACCCGCAAAAAAUAAUAAUAAUGAACGAACAAAACAAAAUUGAUAGAGUCUGAUUUGCACGAGAGUACCGAGACUUUGAUUUUUCACACGAUAUUUUUGCCGAUGAAAAAUGUUUUAAGACUUGCCAGUUAAGCAACGGCGGCGGCUUCUAAGAAAGCAAGUAAUUUGCUUUCUUAGAAGCCGCCGCCGUUGUCGGAGUACGGCAAUUCUCUUGCACAAACUUAACUUAAUUUAAUUUUAAGUCCUCCAAACGGCAUUUUCAAAUCUGUAAAAAACUAAGAGAACAAAAAUAAACUUGCUAUAUUAUUCUAUAGGGGUAUACAUAUUCAAUUUUUUAUCAUGUAACUACAAAAAGCACUAAAAAUACAUUAAAAAAAUCAAAUUAAAUUUAUAUAUUUUAAGUUUAUUAUACUAUGUCGGGUAUUUUAUAACUAUUUUGCUAAGAUAUUAAUUUGUUUAUUAAAAGAGAGUAAAUGAAUAAUUUUUAACGU